AUCAACGGAGGACAACCGGUUGCACGAUGCAUGCCUGGAAUUACUUCCCGAUGCUUGCGCAGCUCCUCUUCCUCCUCUCCCUCUGUAACACACGCCACACUGCAUCAUGGGAAACGUGUCCCACGGACUCCAACUUUACCACCAACAGCACCUACCAUUUCAACCUCAACCUCCUCCUCCCAUCCCUCACCUCAGCCACCGUCUCCACCGGCUACGCGAACACAUCUGCAGGGCGUUCACCAGACCAAGUCUUCGGCCUGGCGCGUUGCCAACUCGACGUGUCUCAAGACAAAUGCCAAGCUUGCCUCGCCACCGCCGUCGACACCCUCCGCAGUAGCUGCCCCUCCGCAAAAGAUGCGGCCACUUGGGGAGAUCUCUGCUUCCUAGCUUACUCCAACACAACUUUCUCGAACGAUCGCGACAAAUCAUCCUUUACCCAAAUCAUAUUCAACGGAGGAGAAGUUUCGGAGACGUCGAGAUUCGUGGAUCUGGUGGGGGAAUUGAUGAAUGCCCUCAUCAACUGGGCUGCCUACAAGACGGACAGCAUGUUCGCCAUUGGACAAGCCAACUUUACGAGCGCCACCAAUCUGUAUGGAUUGGUGCAGUGCACCAGGGAUCAGUCUGAUGAUGACUGCUUUCAGUGUCUUCGGCAGUCCUUGGCUUCAAUGCAGAGUUGUUGCUGGAAAAACCAGGGAGGAGUGGUGUUGAAGUACAGGUGCUUCUUGAGGUACGAGACCUAUUCAUACUAUAAUAUGUCGGUCCCGACAUCUCCACUGCCUCCGCUGUCAUCUGCACUCUCUUCGGCACCUCCGCCUGGAGCUACAGCCAAUCCACGGCCUCCGCCUGCUGUGGUGGACUCCAACUCUUCGUCAUCAUCAGCGAGAGAUGCAGAAGUUGGAGGAGCGAAAAGUGAAAAGCCAAACUCUCUGUUAUUUGAUUUCGAGACACUGAAGGUUGCAACCAAUAACUUCUCGGACGCAAACAAGCUUGGAGAAGGGGGAUUUGGACCAGUUUAUAAGGGCGUACUAUCUGACGGCCAGGAAGUAGCUGUGAAAAGACUCGCAAGAAGCUCACAGCAAGGAUUCGCAGAGCUAAGAAACGAGGUCGCUUUUGUUGCUAAGCUUCAGCACAGAAAUCUUGUGAGGCUCAUCGGUUUUUGCUCGGAAGAAGAGAAGCUACUCGUCUAUGAAUUCCUCCCAAACACAAGCCUAGACAAAAUUUUGUUUGAUCCCACAAAAUGUGGUCAACUAAACUGGGAAAGGCGCUACAAGAUCAUCGAAGGGAUUGCAAGAGGACUUCUCUACCUUCAUGAGGAUUCCCGCCUAAGGAUUAUUCAUCGAGAUCUAAAACCCGGUAAUAUCUUGCUAGAUCAGCACAUGAACCCCAAGAUAUCUGACUUUGGUCUUUCAAAGCUGUUGGUUGACCAAGACAGAUCAGAAGAGAGUGCUAGCCGAAUAGUUGGAACAAACGGAUACAUUGCUCCAGAGUAUGCUUUGCUUCGGCACGUCUCGGACAAAUCAGAUGUGUACAGCUACGGAGUGUUGGUGCUUGAGAUUAUAACUGGUCGAAGAAUCAGCGAGUUUCGUGGAUCAGGUCAUCGCGCAAACCUUCAGAGCUAUGCAUGGAAGAACUGGAACAAAGGGGAGGCGUUGCAGAUAGUGGAUCAAAACUUAUGUGGCAGGUUUCAAAGAGAAGAAGCUUUGCCUUGCAUACGCACGGCGUUACUGUGCGUUCAAGAAAACCCCUCGAAGAGACCGACCAUGGCAUCGGUUGUUCUCAUGCUAAGCAGUUCCUCGAUGACUACUCUAUCUCCUUCUGCUCCUGGGUUUCUCAUUGAGACUAGUGGAACCACUGAUUCAAAUGAAUCCACAGGAAAUAGGUCUCCAGAAAUCAAGAACGAGAGAGAAGGCAGUUCAACGUCAAUAAAUGAAGUCUCAAUUACUGUAUUGGAACCUCGACGAUAGACAGUCACGGAUCUUGCUUUA